UCCUCCCUGCUCCUGGCAUGUCUAUGUACUGAGCUCCCAGCUCUGCAGUCCGGUCUGCGGUAUGUCCGUGUCCGCAGUCUCUGGUCAUCCCCUGUACCGUGUCAUCCCCGCAGUCUCUCUGGUCAUCCCCUGUACCGUGUCCGCAGUCUCUGGUCAUCCCCUGUACCGUGUCCGCAGUCUCUGGUCAUCCCCCUGUCAUCCCGUGUCCGCAGUCUCCCCUUGGUCAUCCCCUGUACCGUGUCCGCAGUCUCUUGGUCAUCCCCUGUACCGUGUCCGCAGUCUCUUGGUCAUCCCCUGUACCGUGUCCGCAGUCUCUGGUCAUGGUCAUCCCCUGUACCGUGUCCGCAGUCUCUGGUCAUCCCCUGUACCGUGUCCGCAGUCUCUGGUCAUCUCUCUGUACUCUGUCCGCAGU